AGCGGGGCGGGGCCGCACCGGCCGGGCUGGGCUGGGCUGGGCUGGGCGGCGGAGCGGCGGCGGAGCGCGGUUCUUACUGGACGUGCUUGGCAAGAUGGAGCCGCCAACCUCCUCCAGGCUGAAUUCCCGAAAGAGAAGAAAAGAUGGAUCUGGCCCUAAUGGGGCAACAGAGCUGGAUGGAAUCCCUCCAAAAAUGUCCCGACGCUCACUCGGACUGAGGGAACCGGCUCCGUUUUCAGAUGAAGUGGAAAUCGACUACAGCAAGCCAUACAUCAGAGUAACCUAUGAGGAAGCGGUGAGGGGGACCCCUUUGGAUCGCCCCGUCAGAGUUUAUGCCGAUGGAAUAUUUGACUUGUUUCACUCUGGACAUGCCCGGGCCUUGAUGCAAGCAAAGAACCUCUUCCCAAACACAUACCUCAUUGUUGGAGUCUGCAGUGAUGAGCUGACCCAUAACUUCAAGGGCUUCACGGUAAUGAAUGAGAAUGAGCGGUAUGAUGCUGUGCAGCACUGUCGCUAUGUGGACGAAGUGGUGAGAAACGCGCCGUGGACGCUCACGCCCGAGUUCCUGGCAGAGCACAGGAUCGACUUUGUUGCACAUGAUGACAUCCCCUAUUCCUCUGCUGGCAGUGAUGAUGUCUAUAAGCACAUAAAAGAGGCAGGCAUGUUUGCACCCACUCAGAGGACCGAGGGGAUCUCAACGUCAGACAUCAUCACACGGAUCGUGCGGGACUAUGAUGUUUAUGUCAGACGGAACCUGCAGCGGGGCUACACGGCUAAAGAGCUCAAUGUCAGCUUCAUAAACGAGAAGAAAUACCACCUCCAGGAACGCGUGGAUAAGGUGAAAAAGAGGGUGAAGGAUGUAGAGGAGAAGUCAAAGGAAUUUGUCCAGAAAGUGGAGGAGAAGAGCAUUGAUCUCAUCCAGAAGUGGGAAGAGAAGUCCCGAGAGUUCAUCGGCAAUUUCUUGGAGAUGUUUGGUCCAGAAGGCGCAUUGAAACACAUGCUGAAGGAGGGUAAGGGCCGGAUGCUGCAGGCCAUCAGCCCGAAGCAGAGUCCCAGCAGUAGCCCCACACAUGACCGCUCCCCAUCUCCCUCCUUCCGCUGGCCCUUUUCCACCAAGACUCCUCCUUCCUCACCCGCCAACCGCUCCAGGAAUGAGUCUGCAGUCACCUAUGACAUCAGUGAGGAUGAAGAGGAUUAAGCUACCUGCCAGGAUUUGCUGUGAACUGCUAAUCGCAGAAUCCUAAGUCCAGACCCAGCGGGGAACUCUAAAUGAGCAAGAGAGCCAUAGGAACAGGGCUGACGGUGAGCACAGGGCCUUGGAGGCACCCGUUGCUCUUAGCAAGGGCUGCUGCCUGGAAACACAUUCGAACCUCCUCUCCCUUCUUCUCCCCAAAUCCCCUUUUUAUUGUUUACGUUCUAGUGGUUUCCAGGGUGAAGAUGGCUUUUAUAUUUUAAAAAAAUACUCGUUAAAAGCGCAAAGAAUAGCACUCUAGUGUGGCUUUUGUUUUGGUUUCUUUUCCCUUGUUAAAUCUCCAGGCAAGAGGGAGAGUGGGAAGAUCCAUCUGUCUCUUCUUUCCUUCAGCUCCUCUGUCUUAUCCCCCCGCCCCCAGGCAGUAUCUGUGCCACUGCCAAACGGAAGACCCCUCAGUUCCUCAACCAGCAUGACCUCGAGGGCACUCACAAAGCAGUGGUGUAACAAGGCUUCUAGGAAAUAGAGACCUCUCUGCUGGGCUGGAGCAAUAGCAAUCUAUCCAGCAGACCCUGUAGUGCUCACAGCCUAUAAACUGAGCUUCCCAGUGUGUUGCAGUGAGGGCGUGCUGGGCAGGGCUACCAGCUUGGCACGCAGGAGUUACACCCAGGAAGGACUCAUGGCACCGUAGAGUGGCACACCCCGUAAAGCAUGCAGCAUUCACAGCUCCAAAGUAUACAGGGGCUGCAGGGGAAAGGCCUGUCCAGCUAACCUCAGUAAGACUGCUAAAAUUGAGCCCUCAGUUGCUGUUGGAGAGAAGAGAAUGAAUCUUUGCUUCAGGGCACUUGCUGUCUAUGUGUUUCCUUGGGUGUGUGAGAGCCCAUGUAGGAAAUGAAUGUGUGUACUCUUUUGAGAAGUUCCUUGUCCCAGUCUGUGGUGUGUUAUAUGUGUCACUGUCUAUGCAGACGGCCCCUCAGCACUGCUCUGUGUGUGUUUGUGUUUCAGUUGCUGUGGUCUAAGGGCCAGAGCAGUCCUUUACACUGGUGCUGUGAAGUUGCUGUUCUAAGGGCAAAGCAGCCAGUUUGCUGUCCGUGUCAGUGUGUGCAGCUGGACAGAUGAAGGGCACGUUUUACCCCCUUGAGGGGUUCCAGUUCAUGUGACAGUUACCUGGUUUGUGCAGCACAUGCACAAAUUGGUGCAGGCUCACUCUGAUCCUUGAGGCAGGCCAGAAAGAGCAUCAGAGAGUGCUGCAGCUUUUUAAGUCUUUAAACAUGUAAUGCUUGUUUGAAUCCAUGGUCCAGUUGUGCCUGCUGUCGUGUCUGUGAUACACACUGAGCUUUGUGGGCUGCAGCUCCCCGAGGGCACUCGCCCUCCCGUGCCUGAGCAGAGCAGGUCGGUGCACUGUCCCACAGCCAGUGCUGGAGGGACUGGCCUUGCUGUGGAGCUGUGGAGCUCCCACUCACUUUUCUGUCGGGUUUGCCUGUGAUUCCGUGGUCUCUGGGUGGAGCUGCUGGGCCGAGUUGCCUGUACCCUGCGAUGCUGGGAGCAGAGGACAGCUCAGAGCCCAGUCAGCAAUACUGCAGGGAAGUCUCCAGAUCAGGAUGUGAGGCUUGGGAAGCAGCAGGUGCAAGGAGGAGACUCAUCAUGUGCUGCCACAAGCUGUGCACGAUGUGAUGCUUCCAGGGUACAUGGUCGCCCUGUGGUAGGAACAGACUGCAGCUUCUUUCCAGCUUUUAUCUUGCUGGUCCUUUGUCAUGCUGCCCAAAGGGCUUGACAGAGACUCUGUGCUUCUGUUGAGUUCAGAGCCAGUAUGGGAAAGGAUAUUUUGGGGAUCCCUAAUCUUCCACUUGGACUUCUUUCAGCAGGGAUGUGUGUGGCUGUGGGAAUGUGGCUGGCUGCUAUGGAUUUUAAGCUGUAAGGAGCAAAUGAUGGUCACUUGGUAGAAGCCAGUUGUUAAUCCUCUGUUUAUGAGUGGUAGAGCACUUACUUUUUGUCAUCCACACUGUCUCUUCCCUCAUCUUCCCCACCUUCCCUUCCUCACCCUUCCCUCAGUAUGGGUGUUGCAUUGCUUUCCUGAGCUGGAUCACGAAGGCCAGGCUGCUUUAGAGCCUUACUACUGUUUAAAACACAAGUUAUGCAACAGUGUUCUAUAAAUUUGGAUAACAGUGGUGUUAUGUGGUGGCUUGUUCUGCAGGGACCUUAACAUAUUUGGUCUCUCUGCAAAACCUGGGGUGCUCGGUAAGAAGCCAGCCAUGGUUUUACAUGUAGCUUGGAAUAACAGAGCUGUUUCUUGUAAUCAAUAAUCCCUGAUUCCUCCUUGCACUGAAAUUAAAUUGGACAUUCAAAUCCCAA